AUGAGCAGCAGCGCCAGCACCAGCAGAGGUGGCGGCCUGGCUGCCAUUUCUAGCUGGGGCAGCAGCGGCGCUCUCCCUGCACACGGCAAGUGGCACCAGCUGCAGCAGUCAGCGGCCUACCGGCCACCCACCAAGACAAAGCAAGGGCCGAAGAAAGAAAAGGCCGGCAAGGGCGAGGAUGCGGCUGGCACGGAGGCCGCGGGGGAGGCAAGCGCGGCGAUGUACGAGGACGGGGGCCCUGCUAGUACGGACGCAGUCAGGGUGGUGCUGCAGGCCGUGCAGAACGUGACGCCGCAUCUGGAUGUGCGCACCAUCCGCACCGCCACCAAAACGACCUACGUGCCCGGUGUCAUGCCCUCUGAAAAGGGCCGCAGCCUCGCCCUGCAUUGGCUGGUGCGCGCCGCCGAGGCGCGCAAGAAGUCGAGCAAGGGCGCCUUUGCAGAGUGCCUCGCGCUGGAGUUGCUGCUGGCGUACCAGAAGCGCGGCGCCGCGCGGCAGAAGCGUGACGACCUCCACAAGCUCGCGCUGCAAAACAGGGCCAACCUGCACCUGCGCUGGUGGUGA